GCCACACACAAGCGGCCACACAUCUGUACCUGCCAGCUAUUGCUACAGGCUUAGUACUACAGCUCUCUCUCUCUCUCUGCUCUUCUGCCGUUAGUGUUCUGUAGUGCACAUCUGCCUCACUACUCUGGUGAUUUUUCUUCUCAAACUUAGUCUAGCUCUUGUAUAGAUUUUCCAAGUGAAAAGCUUAACAAGCUUUUUGCCCCCCAUCCCUUUUUGUUUAAAAACCUAAAAGAAUUAGAGUGCAAGAGGAAGAAGAGAGAAAGAGAGGCAGACUGAAAGAAGAGAAAAGACAGGAAGAGAGAGAGAGAGAGUGAAGUGAGAGAAGCAUGUCUCUGGAAGUGAAGGCGAAGACGGAGGUGCGCCUGGUCUUCCUGGGGGCAGCCGGCGUGGGGAAGACGGCCCUGAUUCGCCGCUUCUUGGAGGACUCCUUCGAGCCCAAGCACCGGCGCACGGUGGAGGAGCUCCAUAACAAGGAGUACGAGAUAGGCGGCAUGAAGGUGACCGUCCACAUCCUAGACACCAGCGGCAGCUACCCGUUCCCGGCCAUGCGCAAGCUCAGCAUCCAGACGGGCGACGCCUUCGCGCUGGUCUACGCCGUGGACGAUGCCAACUCGCUGGAGACGGUCAAGAGCCUCCGCGAGGAGAUCCUGGAGGUCAAGCAGGACAAGUGCACGCCCAUCGUGGUGGUGGGCAACAAGUCGGACUGUGGCGACGAGCGCAAGGUGGUCAGCGAGGACGUGCUCACCACCGUGGAGCUGGACUGGAACAGCAGCUUCCUGGAAGCCUCGGCCAAGGAGAACGAGAACGUGCUGGAGGUGUUCCGGGAGCUUCUGCAGCAGGCCAACCUGCCCAGCCGCCUGAGCCCUGCUCUCCGCCGCCGCCGAGAGACCUUCCCCAAGGACAACGGUGCCCGGCCGCCCAUGAACAAGACCAACAGCUGCAACAUCUCCUAACCCACACACACAUGCAUCCGCCUGAAACAGGACCAACUGUAAGGCUCUUGAUAGUGUGUGUGUUUGUGUGUGUUCAGAGACACACGAUGCACACUGUCAUUUACACACACACUUGGCCGAGAUGGUUUGUUGAUGAAGCAGGUGAGCUGUGCAAAUCUGCAAAGACAGAAAGGCACCGGUCAUAACUUUUUGUUUUUGACUUGAAGCUCUUUGCAGCUCGCUCCGUUGCCAGCCAGCACCACUCUGUGCCAGUUUGUGCCUCAGCAGGUAAUGGCCACAGACAGGGACAGCAGGGGAUAGUGCCAGCCAGGCACGAGGAAGCAGGAACAAACACAGACUGCAUCAGCGAUUGGAUGAAAUUUGAUAUUUGUGCGAAACUCAACUGAUUGUGUUGUGAGGAAUAUGUGAAGAAUGUACUAAGUACUAUUGUGUUGUGGAGGGAGAGAAAAGAAAGCUUAGUAUGCUUAAAUGUAUGAUCAAGAGAUCACGCUGCUUCACACAAGUUGUCUCGGCAUUGGCAAAAUUUGGAUGCUUUUUACUUCUAUUGCCACAGCUAAAAAUGUACUUGUAUAAAAAAACUUAAUGUAUGUGAUAUACUAUGUACUAUGAGGUAAACCUAUAAGAAUAUUUUUGUUUAUCAUAUAUGUUAAUGUUUGAGAACAGAGUUUCUUUUGUCCUAAUGCACUGGUCAGGUAGCAUUACAAACCACUGGUUCUCAGCAGUAUAUUGUUCAUUGCAGUUGUUGACUUGCACAUUCAUGUAGUAACUUAAUCUAUGUUUUUUUUACAACACUGAAAACCAGUAGUUGCUAUGUGAUUGAUGUUUGGUUUGGAGGUUUGACGGCUGGAAAUAAAAAAUAAAAAUAAAAAAUAUAACAAACAUGAA